AUGUUGUCCACCGCCUUGGCAAAAAGCGCCCGGCCCGACAAACCCAUCAUUCGGUUUACCUUGAGGAUUUACGGGGAUGCGAUGUCGAGAGCAGCGAAGAACUCAUCAUAUCCACGAGACCACCGGUGUCAGUUUAAAGAGGUCUUCUUCAGAGGAGAGACCCUGGAGAGAAGGAACAAGCUGUGGCCAGCAAUUAAAAAAGCCGAUGGGUGGGCAGACCGGGAUGAGGUUGUGGAGAGUUACGAGCAGGAAGCGGAGGGAGGCAUCACCAUGAAGCUGCAGUCAGCGAUGGUCAAGUCCUUUGAUGACUACUUCCUGAAGCUGCGCCUCGACACCAACACCAGGAACCCUUGGUUCCCCGAGUUCUGGCAGUACCGCUUCCAGUGCCGGCUGCCGGGCCACCCGCAGGAGAACAAGAACUACAAGAAAGUGUGCUCUGGUAAUGAGAGUCUGCAUGAGAACUACGUCCAGGACAGUAAGAUGGGGUUUGUCAUCAACGCCAUCUACGCCAUGGCCCAUGGCCUCCAUGACAUGCACACCGAGCUUUGCCCUGGACAGACAGGGCUGUGCAAAGCCAUGGACCCUAUCGAUGGCAGCAAGCUGCUGGACUACCUGCUCAAGACCUCCUUCAGAGGAGUCUCCGGGGAGGAGGUUUAUUUUGAUGAAAAUGGAGAUACACCGGGCAGGUAUGACAUCAUGAAUCUACAGAAUGUGGGUGGCAGUCACUAUGACUACAUACUCGUGGGCUCCUGGCAUGAGGGCAUCCUGAGCAUGGAUGACAGCAAGCUGUGGUUGAACAGCAGCGACAUGGUCCGCUCUGUCUGCAGUGAGCCCUGCUCCAAAGGACAGAUCAAGGUGAUAAGGAAGGGUGAGGUGAGCUGUUGCUGGAUAUGCACCACCUGCAAGGACAACGAGUACGUCCAGGACGAGUUCACCUGUAAGGCCUGUGAACUGGGAUGGUGGCCCGACGAAGAGCUGGAAGGCUGCCAGCCUCUGCCGCUGAAGUAUCUGGACUGGGCGGAUGUGGAAUCCAUCGUUGCAGUGGUGUUCUCCUGUGUAGGGAUCCUGAUCACCUCUUUUGUCACCUUUAUCUUCAUCCAGUACCGCGACACGCCUGUGGUGAAGUCUUCCAGCCGAGAACUGUGUUACAUAAUCCUAGCAGGCAUCUUCUUGGGCUACAUAUGUCCCUUUACCCUCAUAGCACGCCCCACUGUGGCAUCCUGCUACCUGCAGCGCCUCCUGGUGGGCCUGUCCUCUGCCAUGUGCUACUCUGCCCUGGUAACCAAAACUAAUCGCAUCGCCCGCAUUCUGGCAGGCAGCAAAAAGAAGAUCUGCACCAAAAAGCCUCGGUUCAUGAGUGCCUGGGCCCAGGUGAUCAUCGCCUUUAUGCUGAUCAGCGUUCAGCUUACCCUGGAGAUCACCCUCAUUAUCCUGGAGCCCCCUGAGCCCAUCAAGUCUUACCCAAGCAUCCGUGAGGUGUACCUCAUCUGCAACACCAGCAACGUGGGUAUGGUGGCACCACUGGGCUACAACGGCCUGCUGAUCAUGAGCUGCACCUACUAUGCCUUCAAGACACGGAAUGUGCCGGCAAACUUCAAUGAGGCUAAGUACAUCGCCUUCACCAUGUACACCACCUGCAUCAUCUGGCUGGCCUUUGUGCCCAUCUACUUCGGCUCCAACUACAAGAUAAUCACCACAUCCUUCUCCGUCAGCCUAAGUGUCACAGUCGCGCUGGGAUGCAUGUUCACUCCCAAGAUGUACAUCAUCAUAGCCAAACCAGAGAGGAACGUGCGCAGCGCCUUCACCACGUCUGAUGUGGUGCGAAUGCAUGUUGGCGAUGGGAAGUCUGCGGCUCCCUGCGGGAGCAACAGCCUGCUCAAUAUGUUCCGCAGGAAGAAGAAUGGAGCUGGCAGUGCCAAUUCUAAUGGCAAGUCUGUGUCAUGGUCUGAAUCAGGUGCAAGACACCCACCGAGGGGGGGGAAUGUGUGGCACAGACUGUCUGUGCAUGUGAGGAAACAGGAAGCCGGCUCGAAUCAGAUGGCGGUCAUCAGGCCCCUAACUAACACCCCCGACCCCCACAGCUGCGAGCCCACGGCCCACGACCUUGGCACAGACCCCCCCUGCCUCCCCCAAGAACCGCCUAGCCCUAAGGCCCUGUACAACCUGGCGGAGGAGGACGAUGAAGGGGAUGUGCAGCGUUCCCUCUGGACCCCUACCUGCUCGGGAAUGCUCCACGGUAUGACCUCCAAUUCGGAUAAACCAGCUUCGUACUUGUCCGAUCAUUUUACAAGCUGCGUCACUGAGCGAUUGCAAGGGGCAGUGGUGGACACACACUGCUCCAAUAUCCCUUCACUGAAUGACAGCAACACCAAGGAGGCAUUCCCCACCAACGAGCCUUUGAGCUUAGCCUCCUCUCAACUUCCGCUGGUCCCACAUAUGGGGGCUUUUGGGGAGGAGGGCGAGGAACUGGACCUUUUACACGGCUACGUGUACGAUGCCAAGGAAGAGGAAGAGGAGGAGGAGGAGGAGGAGGGGGAUGGGGAGGAUCUAACUCAGAGCAAGCUAACUCUGGAAGAUUCCCUGGCUCUGUCUCCCCCCUCCCCCUUCAGGGACUCGGUGUGUUCGGUAAGCUCUGUCGCCGGCUCCCCUGUUGUUGAUUCCAUGCUUGGCAGCGCUCCGUGCUCAGGCUACACCUUAGCUAGCCUCCAAGACUUUGCACACAGCUCCUCAACACUGUGA